UCUGCGGGACUUGGUGGCCUGUGGCCUUCCCGAGGCUUUUCUUUUGCAGGUGCCCUUGAGGACUUGUUGACUUGGAGCUUUCCCAAAGCAUUUCUCUGAAGAUGCCCUCAAGGCAGAAUUGUGUUUUGGCAGGCAGAUUCCUCAGCCUGUUCAAAGUGUUCAGGGGGAAAAGAAAGAAAGACCCUGGAGCUGCCCCAGCACAACACCCUGAAGAGCCAGAGCAGUUCCAGCCACUGCAGGAUGAUGCAGCCAUGGACGACAGACAACAGCAGGAGCCCGCCCGCGGCCGCUUCCGCAAAACGCUGAAGAUGUUCACGAAAUUCAUGUGCAUUCGGCCUAGAAAGACCAGCACCACAGCAACUGCAGGCACAGCCAAGCUUAACUCCAGGCCAGCCAAGUUCCAGGCAGAGCCUGUUGUCAGCUCAGAUUUAACUGCAUGUUCAGACAGCUUUGACACUGCAAUGAAUGAUCACAAGACAAAGACUUACACAACUGAGGGCAUGGCUAUUACAAACACUAACACCAGAAUGCCUCAGAGCCUCACAAACAUUGCCAUCACGCCCAAUCCUACUGUAAUUCAUGCUCCCACUAUGGAUUUUGAGGAGACAGGUUUUUCUUUUCAGCAGCAGGUGCCAGCCAUGGUGAAGAACAUUCACCACAGACUGGAGUCCCAUGUCACUGUGGAUGUCAGGAAGCAAAUUGCCAUAAUAAGGCUGGCUGACGAACACCCUAUCGAUGUGGUGCUGACCCUCCUGCGCUGUGCCCCAUCGUGUGACAGAGCUGCUGCACUGAUGUGGCAAACCAUAGCCUCAUCGGGACCAACAGUGGAGAAAGUGCUGCCUACACUGCUCUGUGUGAUGGAGAACUGGCCCCUUUGCAGCACCUGCACCUCUGAUGGGGACAACAAGGCUGUCUUUUCCCUGGCUGCAACUCUGGCGCUCUGGGUGAUGGUCCAGAUGCCUCAGUGCCGCGAGGCGAUGAUGCUUUAUUCCGCCCGCCUGUUUGUGGCUCUGUUGUUCCAAGUUGUCAUCACCACACAGCAGAUGCCAUCAGUGGAAUUUGACAGCUUCUGGAAAGCAUGCCGGGAGCAACACCGCCUUCCCAGCAACCCCAACAGCCUCUGA